AUGGAGACUCAGAACAUGAAUCUGAAAAAGCCUGUGUUAUUCACUCUUGGAAAGUUUUGCAUUUCUGAAGAUUAUGGUUUUAUCCUUCCGGAUCCAUUGCAGGAACUUUCCCAUUACUACAUGCCCUGGAUGGAAAUUGCCAGCAAUUUGCCUUUCAUGAUUGAGAGUCAUGAGCUCCGAGUCCGUGUGGAUGCGAUGCCUCUACUAAGCUGUCACUUCCUGAAAGGUCACCGAGAACAAUACUUGGCCCACCUGCUGCUAAGCUGUAUUACAAUGGGAUAUGUCUGGCAGGAAGGAGAGAAGCAUAUUCCUAAGGUUUUGCCAAGAAACCUGUCCCUUCCCUUUGUGGAGAUCUCUCGAGCCUUGGGUCUGCCCCCUAUCCUGGUGCAUUCAGAUUUGGUCCUGGCAAACUGGAAGAAAAAGGAUCCAGAUGGUCCCCUGGAAAUAAGGAACCUGGACACCAUUGUAUCACUUCCAGGAGGUGAGAGCCUGAAGGGCUUUGUCCUAGUGACUCUUUUGGUGGAGAAGGCAGCAGUGCCUGGUAUUAAGGCACUUGUUAAGACCAUAAAUGCCAUCCUCCAGUCCAAUGAAGAUGCUCUACUCCAGGCAUUGCAGCAGCUGAGAACAUCCAUUGAUGAGAUGGCCAAAGCCUUGAGACAGAUGCAUGAUUAUGUAGAUCCAGCCAUAUUUUAUGCAGUCAUCCGGAUCUUUCUGUCUGGCUGGCAGGAUAAUCCAGCAAUUCCAGAUGGGCUGAUAUAUGAAGGAGUCUCAGACGAACCUUUGAAAUAUUCUGGAGGGAGUGCAGCUCAGAGCACAGUAUUUCAUGCAUUUGAUGAAUUAUUAGGUGUUUGUCAUAGCAAGGAAAGCACUACCUUCUUGCACAGAAUGAGAGAAUACAUGCCUCCUUCUCAUAGAGCCUUCAUAGAGGAAAUCCACUCUGCUCCUUCUCUGAAGAAGUUCAUCUUGUCAUCUAGGAGCUGCCUGCUACAUGAAGCCUAUAACCAGUGUGUGAAAGCCCUGGCUGAACUGAGGAGCCAUCACAUCAACAUUGUGGCCAAGUACCUCCUUACUGGGGCAGCCAAGGCCAAAGACCAGCUGGACCAUCUUGCACGGCCACCUCAGGCACUGGCAGAGAAGGGCACGGGGGGAACAGCUGUCUUCAGUUUUCUGAAAAGUGUCAGGAACACAACCCUGGAAGGAAUCAUUGACCAAUGUGGAUGAAUUUACCCCAGCUUCUGGUAGUCUAAAGGAAAGAAAGAGGACAGAUCUUACCUCCCCUUUCCUUUUUUCUUUUCUAGCCCCUACACUUUCCCCACGUCCUGCUCCUCAAGUGUAAUAUCAGAAAUCCAUUGAGUAUAUUCCAAAUAGAAUCCUGUGUUUCUGGGCUCCAUGGAACAUCCUGUUCUGCUUUGUUUAAGAGCUGUCUCUCAUCACAGGGAAGGAUUAGCAUUGCCCUUUGCCUAAGACACUUCCUUGUCUGAGCAGUGUUUAAUUCAUGACAAACAGUUUUGGACACAUCCCCAUUUAUAAAUUUAUAGUUGACUGUGUCUGCUUUGUGCUAUCUGUAAGACAAAUCUGCCCUUAGUGUAGAACCCCCAAACAAAUCAAAUGUUGUAUGAUUACCUUGUUGACUAUUUCUUUACAGGAAAAGUUCAACAUUCCUUCAACUCUUAAUGCCAUCACAGCAUUCAUUUUAAAAUCCUACAAUAUAAGCUCCAUGCUAUUUCACUUUUGUCUUUGCUUUCCCAAUGCCUAUCAGAGUGCCCUUGCACAUAGUAGCUGUUUAAUAAAAGAUUGCUAAAUUUUGAAUUAUUUAAUUUUUGUCUAUUUUCCAAUGGCUAGCACAAUGAUCCCCACAUGAUAAAUGAUUGAAAAAAGUUUUGAAUAAAUGAAUGAAUGAA